GUAACUACAACAAUGAAACAUCUUCUUGCCUCUCUGUGCCUUGUGGGAUCUUUUCUACAUGUCUUGGCUCAAUGUACCGUCCCAGCCUCAGAGUUUCAGCUGAAAGGAGAUUAUCUGAUUGGUGGACUUUUUGAUAUUCAUCAUGCCAGUGACCCCAUUCAACAUGACAAACCAGAAGCCAUCGACUGCUCCACUCAACUCUUCACUCUGUCAAGUUACCGGAGGUUUCAGUUGAUGAGAUUCUCCAUAGAGGAAAUCAAUAACUCCACCAACCUUCUACCGAAUGUAUCUCUCGGCUAUGAAAUAUUUGACCACUGCUCAGAUAUAAGGAAUUUCCCAGGAAUUUUGAAACUCAUCUCAAUCGAUGGCUUCAUCCAACCUUGGGAUGAACGACAGAAGAAGCUGUCCAAAGUGAUAGCAGUGGUCGGUACUUACACCAGCACUGAGACACGGACUGCAGCCCCACUGUUCAUGACAGAUCUCAUUCCUAUGGUCAGCUAUGGAGCUGCUAGUUCUGUUUUUUCAGGAAAACAGAUUUUUCCCUCUUUCCUACGAACAGUGCAUCCCAAUAAAGACGUCAUAGAAGCUAUUGUUAGCAUUGUUCAGCACUUCAAGUGGCGCUGGGUUGCUUUCCUUUAUGUUGAUGAUGACUAUGGCAAUGAUGGACUGACAUUGUUCAUGAAGAAUAUUAAGGACACUCAGAUCUGCCUGGCAUACACGAAAGGCCUCAAUCAUGACACAGAUUACACCUCAAUUUUCAAACAGAUAGAGGCACAGAAGAUACGCAUCAUUAUUGUUUUUACUGCUGAGUGGACUGCUGAAGCUCUCAUUAAGUCAGCAAUAAAACUGAAUAUCACAAACAAGGUGUGGAUAGCAGGAGAUGCAUGGUCCUUAAACAAAAAGCUCCCCAAGGAGAAAAGAAUCAAAAAUAUUGGAACUGUACUUGGGGUUGCUGAGCAAAGAGUGACAAUACCUGGUUUUAAUGAUUUUAUCUCUGCUUCCAAAAGCCAGAAUCAUUGUGAAAAUGCAGAACAACAGAUGUUUUGUAACCAAGUUUGUAACUGCAGCAACCUGACUGCAGAGAGUGUCAUUGAUGCAGACCCAUCUUUCUCUUUUCCCGUUUAUUCUGCUGUAUAUUCCAUCGCUCAUGCCUUACACAAUGUGUUGCAAUGUGGAGCUGGCCGAUGUAAUCGCAAUAUUACAGUGUACCCACACAUGGUUCUACCAGAGCUGAAGAAGUCAAACUUCACACUUUUAAACCGGAGAAUUGAGUUUGAUGAGAAUGGUGACCCCAAGUACGGAUCCUACUCUAUAAUUUUCUGGAACCACAGUGGUGAAGCAGAGCCGGUCGGCUUUUAUGAUUUUUACCUGUCACACCGUUUCUUCAUCAACAGCAGCAAAAUUCAAUGGUACACAAAUGGAGAAGUGCCUACUUCACUGUGUUCCCCAGAAUGUCCUGAAGGAUAUGCAAAAAAGUAUGAUGGAAUCCACAAAUGCUGCUUCAAUUGUGAAAUCUGUCCAAAUGGAACUUAUGUCAACAUCACACAGGAUCCCUACAAGUGCAUCCGCUGUAACGGAACAGAAUGGUCUACAGAGGGAAGUACAUCAUGCAAUCUCCGGGCGGUGGAGUACAUCCCAUUCACAGACAGUGGGGCUAUACUCAUCAUGGUCGGGGCCUGGGCCUUGGUGGGUCUCACAUUUGCCACGUCUGUUCUCUUUGCCAUCAACUACAACACCCCUGUUGUCAGAUCUGCUGGGGGACCAAUGUGCUUCCUCAUUUUAGGCUGCCUCAGUUUGUCUAGUCUUAGUGUGUUCUUUUACUUUGGCAAGCCAACAGUUUCAUUUUGUAUCUUAAGGUUCUUGCCAUUUCUUUUGUUCUACACAGUUUGUCUGGCAUGUUUUGUUGUGCGCUCUUUUCAAAUUGUUUGCAUUUUCAAAAUAGCUGCCAAGUUCCACAAACUGAACAGUUGGUGGAUGAAAUAUCACGCACAAUGGCUGGUCAUCACUGUGGCAUUUGGUAUUCAGGCAGUCUUGCUUCUGAUUGGCUAUUCUUUGUCUCCACCCAAGCCCCACAAUGAAACAGUUUGGUACCCAGACAAGAUCAUACUUGGUUGUGAUAUUAAUCUUAAAGCAUCAUCUGGUUCUGUGAUUUUACUUUUAUCUUUGUGCUCCCUUUGCUUCAUUUUCUCCUACAUGGGGAAAGACCUCCCAAAAAAUUACAAUGAGGCCAAAUCAAUAACCUUCUGCCUGCUCCUGCUGAUCCUCACCUGGAUCAUCUUUGCCACAGUAUACAUGCUUUAUCGUGGCAAGAACAUCCAAACUCUUAAUGCUCUGGCAGUCCUCUCCAGCCUCUACUCUUUUCUGUUGUUUUAUUUCCUCCCAAAAGGUUACAUCAUCAUUUUCCAAUCAUACAAGAACACACAGCAGUACUUCCAAGGUCUCAUUCAGAAUUAUACGAAGACAAUUAGCCAGUAGCUGCCAUGCUUAAGUCACUCUGAAUACUUUCAAUGAAAGGAUAAUAAUGGCAGAAAAAGUACAUAAUUGUUACAUUUUUGUCACUAACUUAACAUGUUACGGAUAUUGUUGAUCAGCAGUUUUUCUUACUAACAUAUUAAUAAGCAUCUUGAUAACAAUAUGCAGUGAUUAACUUUUCAACAAAAGGCAUAUGCGAAAUAUUUACCUGUUGAAGUAUUACAGCAUGAUCUUAUUAGCAACAAAUUAAGAUUAAUGUAAUAUAAUGAAUAGCUGUUUGGUGGUGAUCAUGAAAGAUCUUGAAAGUCUUGUGUUUUCUCAUUCCAACCAUGCCAUCUUCCUCUAAAAGUGACCUUUUCUCACUCUUUAUACUACAUCAUUUGACAUGUUGUGAGUGAAAACGGGCUGUUUAUCUAAGUCUGUUGGACUCAGUGACUUAAAAAUACCACCAGGGGGUCCUAACUAAGCGUCUGUAUGUGAUGCGUUGGGAGUGAGAGCGGGUUACACUGCGACACUGUCAAUUCAGCACACUGCAAGCUUUGAAUAUACUUGUGUAACUCAAGCGUUUGUAUUGAGAUUAAAAUUGGCGUGCAGGAUGUCAGGGUGUUUGUGCAGAUGUGUUAGAGAUUUAGAUUUUGUGGAGUGUGUGUGCUCAACUUUGUUCAUGUAUCAAUGUAAUAUUUAAUAAAGUACC